AUGAGUGAUUGUUCUUCGCUGACUGAGCUUGCAGAUGUCAUGGGCUGCCAGGCCGCGUUGUUUGAAUGGGCAGACAGCUACGAUGCGAAGGAUUGGGCACGACUGCGCGAAUGCGUAGCACCAAGCCUCAUGGUCGACUACCGGGCGUUCCUCAACAAGAAGUGGGAUGACAUGCCGGCGGACGAGUUUGUGCAGAUGGCGUCCGACUCUCAUUUCCUGGGCAACAAGACGAUCAAGACACAGCAUUUUCACGGCGGCAGUCGAUAUGAGCAGGAGUCGGACGACAAGAUCAUCGGACACCACCAGAUGCGCGUGGCACACCAAAAGUACGCCGACGAGUCCCUGCAGACGGUGGUCGCCAAAGGCCAUGGCCACGGCACGGCGACCAUUUGGUACAAGAAGGUGGACGGCGUGUGGAAGUUUGCCGGUUUGAUUCCCAACACGCGAUGGACAGAAUAUGAUUUCCACAAGAUUUUUGGCGGUCAUCACGACGCUGAUGCUGAGAGCGGUGGCGAGUCUUCAGGAACCGCAUCGCCGGCGUAG